UGUUGAUAAACUGUGAACAAACAUGAACAAUGUACAACUGUAUUUUUAUUUAAUUGUAUUUUCAGGGAACAUUAACAAAGAUUGAUAAAAGCUAUAAUGUUGUUCAUUGGUAGUUAAUACGCUAAUGCACUAACAAAUGAGAUCUUAUUGUAAAGUGUUACUAAAACCUUAUUAUAAUUAAUGUAUCCCUAGAUUAAAAAAUGUAAAAAUCCUAAAGUAAGUAUAUUUUAUUUAUAUAGCACAUUGAAACACAUCAACAACUGACCAAACCAAAUCCAAAAUAAUACAAAUAAAAUUCCUUCCCCUAAAACUUUCCAUUUCCGGGUUUAUAUUAGAUAAUUAAUCACAGAUUAAACAACAGAUGUCAAUGUGGUCUUAGACUUUUGAACCCCUACAGACAAAAUCCACUGUUUCCAGCUCGAUUUGUCUGACUCUGCAGGCCAUCCAGCAAGUCAGAAAGACCGAGAAACGCAGCAAAGACAAAGACCAUGGCUUAUUGGAACUGAUGGGGCAUAAAGAACCGUUUAGUUUGGUCGUAGUAUUGCCCAGUUGCCCUUUACGUCACACAUAUCCACACCUCCCAUGUGUAACACCACUCUCCCUGCUGCCCUUAAUCCUUCACGGCUUUUAAUCUGCGUCUCAGCCUGUAAAAAGACUCAUAUAGAUAGAGACGCUCUCCAGCAUGCAUGUGUCUGCAUGCACACAAGCUGCUCAAAAUUGGCUUGCCGUAUUCCAGGGAUUAGCAUCUGAUUUUAUGGAUUACAGACAAUGCUUUCACAGUUUUGAGCAGAUGACUAUGGGAAACAACAAAAGCGUGGCACACGCUGCUUUAGACAUCACAGGACAUCUAGUCCUUAUAUAGUAAAGCUUCCUGUCCAUGUGGCCAGAUUUACUCAGAAAUGCAUUUCAGUGUUGGAAGCAUGCGGCGUGACUGAAAUACAAAUGCAGGUGCAUUACUACUGGCUGAACUGUUAGUAAUUCUAGCAUGCUUUAAUAUAUUUGAUAGCUGUUGGCUGUAUGCAUGUGGCACGUCUUUGUCUAACAGACUUUAAACCAUGUGAGUCCAUUAAUGGUUAAUAAGGAGGAGAGAGCAGAAAGUAACAGUAGUGGGUCUUUAUGAAGGGGGAGGAAUAUUCUGCAAAGCUCAAAGACAAAUAUGACAUCAUUUGCUAUGGGAGUGUCAAUCAUUGUCUAAUGUAUUCAACAAAUACAAAACUGUUAGAUCAUAAAUCAGCCUAUUUUUAUCAUUAAAGCUGCAUUGUUUCAAUGCAGAGACAGUUUCAAAACCAUCUUUCAAAAGCCUUUCCACUUGCCAAAAUGAAAACAAAAAUUAUAAUGUUUUAUUUAAAAAUUCAAACCACAGAUCAUCUCAUACCGCAUGUUUGCUUUCCAUCCUUAUUACAUUAGCUGCAAUAAAACUGAAGAGAUAAUAUAAAAAAUGAGGAAUACACACAAUGACCUGAUUUCCUGUGCAAGACUCCCCCUUCUCACACAGAUGCAAGGCUCCUCCACAAUACAGUCAAAAGACUCGGAAUGACGGAGGCCCCAUCACCAUGGUAACCGGGUUUGUGCAGCUGAGCAUUGUGCUUGGAGCAGUUGCUGUGGUUAUUGGUGAAGGAUUGGAACUGGCCCAUUAGCUCCACGCCUCCAAACAUCGAAAGCUUAAUAGCUUCAGAAUUCACUUGGAAAAUACAGCUGUCAGCACCAUGGCCAGCCGAUCAAUAACAACAUCUCAAAGCCAGAGGACUGCACAUACUAUUGAAAACUCAUCAGCUAAAGUAUCUGCCUUUAUACUUGUCCAUCUGGAACGUUUUACAAUAAGACUGUCGGCUGACUUUGGCUUUGAUUCUGUGAUGGCAGAACCGCAGCAACAGCUGGUUGACAUCGACCCGGAUUUCGAGCCUCUCUCCCGGCCGCGCUCAUGCACCUGGCCGCUGCACCGACCGGAGUUCUGUGAGCCGGGGAGCUCCAACACCUCCUCCCCGGCACCGUCCGUCAAGCCGGAGCAAGGCAUCGUGGACUUUAUCAACAGCCUAAGUUUACUAGAAGAGACCGAGGACUACCAGGAGGAGAAACCCGUCCUUUUGAACGACUUCCACUGCCAGGACAACUGCGUUCAUCCCCAGCAACAGCAUCCCCAGCAGCCGAAUCCCCAGCUGCCGCACCCGCAACAGGUGCCGCCGCUCCCCGCCCCUGCCAGCAGCUCCAGCGCCAGCCCCGCAGCGGCCCAGAGGAAGAGCAGCUCGUCUCGCAGGAACGCGUGGGGGAAUAUGUCAUACGCUGACCUCAUCACUAAGGCGAUCGAGAGCUCCCCCGAGAAGCGGCUCACCCUGUCUCAGAUCUACGAGUGGAUGGUGAAGAGCGUGCCUUACUUCAAAGACAAGGGCGACAGCAACAGCUCAGCCGGCUGGAAGAACUCAAUCAGACACAAUCUGUCCUUGCACAGUCGUUUCAUGCGCGUCCAGAAUGAAGGAACGGGAAAGAGCUCAUGGUGGAUGCUGAACCCUGAGGGGGGAAAGAGUGGCAAGUCUCCACGCCGGAGAGCCACUUCCAUGGACAACAACAGCAAGUUCACGAAGAGCCGCGGACGAGCAGCCAAGAAAAAGAUGUCGAUGCAGGGUGGACUGGACGGUGGUUCUAACAGUCCUGGUUCUCAGUACCCAAAAUGGCUCGGCAGCCCCAACUCUCACAGCAAUGACGACUUUGAACCCUGGACCACCUUUCGUACCCGCGCCAGCUCUGAUGCCAGCACGCUCAGCGGCCGUCGCUCACCCUUCUUACCUGAGGAGGACGAGGCCGGUGAGGUUCCCAUCGGGUACCCAGGCACCAAACUGGGCGGCCCCCUCCCCAGCCUGUCAGAAGUGGCGGGUCACCACGGUUCUGAGAAUGUGAUGAUGGAUAAUCUCUUAGACAACCUCAACCUCAUCUCACCCAAAAAUAACACCCAGGGCAGCCAAGAUGCCCAAACUGCGUUGUCUUCGCCCAUGAUGCAGGGUAGCCCUGGGUACCCGUCUUACAACUCUCCCAGUAUGGGUCCUCAGCCCCAAGUCCAGCAGGACUACCGGAGGUGCCUGUAUGGACAGGCAGGGGUGGGCGGACAGAGUCCCAUUGCCAUACCGACUUUAUCGGACAGUCAACCAGGAGGCUAUGGACCCUUCGUGAGUCAGUACAACUGUGCUGCAGGGCUGCUCAAAGAGCUGCUGACCGGAGAAGCCGAUCCGAGAGGGGACAUGAUGCAGCCUUUAGAGUCAGUGGGGUCUGGAGAAGGCCGACGGGUGCUACCUAGCUAUGUUAGUCGGGGACAAAUGGGACAGGGGGGCAAAAUGAUCACGCAUCCUCACCUGCAUGGGCACCCACGCUCGCUUCAUCAAUUGCCCUCGCCAGCAAUGGGCAUGAACGGCUGUGCCCUCUUGCCCCACGGGCAUCCUGUUCGCCUCGGUAACAUGAAGCUACAACCACACCUGCCUCAUCAUGCUCAACUGGGAAGAGGAGGAGGCGAAGCCAGGAUGCCAAAUUACACCAAUGGCAACGGUUUCCACAGGCAUGUACCGGGUCCUCACCACCAUCACAGCCACCCGGAGCGGCUGCCCAGUGACUUAGAUGACAUGUCGAUCGAGCAGCUGGAGUGUGACGUAGAAACCGUCCUUCAUGACACGCUCAUGGACGGUGAUGCUCUGGACUUCAACUUUGACCCCAUGGGCAGUCAACAGAGUUUCCCGCAUGGAGUCAAGACCAACACGCAUAGCUGGGUAUCUGGAUAAAUAUCUUAUCUACUCAAACACAUGUUUUUGAUUUAUAAUUUGAAUUAAUCAUAACAAAUGUGUGUGAAUAUAUAUGUAAAUAUGUCAUAGACAUAUAGCAGAUCAAUCAACAGUUGACUAAAGCAGACUGAAUGCUGUAGGUCAUGCCAAAAGGCUACACAUACAAGAGAGAUUACACGCUUACAUUUCCUUCCCAUUUGCAAGGACUCAAUUAUUAAGUCUAAAAUAAAACAAUUACGAGUGAAACUAAAUAAAUUAAAAAGUAAAAUAAAUGAAUAGAUUUUUGCCAUCAUUGAAGCCCAUCUUCACACAGUUGCGACUUUAUUUGCCGUAAUUGUGUCUGUCUUGUAAUUCUGGCUUUAUUUCUCACAAUUGCACCUUUUUUUAUAUAUAUAUGCCUAUAUAUCUUGCCAUUCCAAUUUUGUUUUCUUUCAAUGCAGAGUUUAUCUCUCACAAUUGUGACUAUUUCUCGUAGUUGUGAAUAUAUAUCUCACAAUUCCAGUUUUAAUUCUCAUUUCUUGUAGUUGUGAUUUAUAUAUCUUACAAUUCCCAUUUUAUUUCUCCCAAUUCUGUUGUGAAUUAUUUCUCACCAUUACGACUUUAUUUUUCAUAGUCGUGACUAUAUAUCUUACAAAUUCUGAUUUUAUCUCCCAAUUCUGAAUUUAUUUCACAGUUGUAAUUUUAUGCCUUGUAGUUGUGACUACAGUACGUAGUCAACCGAAAUGCCUGUUACCGCCAUGUGCCGCCACCUACUUUAUUUCUCAUAGUUCUGACUGUAUAUCUAGCAAUUCCAAUUUUAUUUCUCUGAAUUCUGACUUAAUUUCUCACAAUUGCAACUUUGUGUAUCUCAUAUCAAAUUUAAAAAUAACUGACAUGACAGAUGUUAUUUUAGUUCACUAUUACAGUUUUCUCUCUCUCUCUCUCUCUCUCUCUCUCUCUCUCUCUCUGAAGUGUGUGCAUGCACCUCAUGAACUGUUUACCUCAGUCAGAACUUCUGCAACCAAUCAGCAGAGGCCAGUGAAUGGUCAUUAUUUACUGAUUUACAGUACAUUGUUCCAGUAGACUCCAUGAUUGUCGGGAAUCAUCAUAAUCUGCUUUUGCUUGUGGUUAGUCAGGGUGUAAAUAUUGAAACUGGCUAAUCAAAAAUAGUCACGUAUAAACACUCACAGACAUUUGAGAUUGUUUUGUAUAUUUUUGUCUAUUUGGUCUUUCAGUUUGGCACUGUAGGUCAUUCAAAUUAAUUCAGGGCAGAUGUGUGUCAUAUAAACUGGAGUGCUGUAUAAUGUCUGGUAUAGUGUAAAUUACAGUUAUCUUUGUCAUUUCAGGGUGCUGAAUGAAUGUGUUUUGUACAGAGAUGAAUAUUUUUGUUGUUCUGAUGGGAUAGUAAAUGGGAUGGUAAAUGAAAUGUUUAUAUUUGUAUAUUAAAUGCUCUUCAAUAACCCCUCCCAGCUUUUAAAUGUCUAAAAAUUCUUUUUUGUGGCCUUGUUUGCUGUAUGUAUAACAGAUUUUCUCAAACUGCUGGAUGAAAUUCUUUCAUUGUAUAUAAUGAUUAUGUACUUUGUGCCUUGCCCUCUUACAACCUGGCAUUGAAUGAUGUGAUGAUUUAUUAUCAAUUUCUGAUUCAAAAUUCAUAACUUUUUAAAUGAAUUUAAAAAAUGUCAGAGUGGGAUACCUGUUCUGAGAUAAUCGCAAAAAGUCUUAAUAUUAAAAGCCCAUUGACUUUUUUUAACUACAUGGGAAAGUUAGUUCAAGUAUAACCCCAAGAAAACUUCAUGAUAUUCAUGAUUCAAACAUUCAUAUUUGUAAAAUCAUAAUAAUUAUAAUAAUAAUGAUGAUCAUCAUGAUGAUGAUGAUUUUUGGAAAAAUGUAUUUGAAAACAUUUUAUAAUAUAUUCCUUCCUUUUCCCCCUUUUUUGUGAUAUUUUUUAGAGUAAACAAAUUCUUGUAUUUUGAAAUGUAACUCAAAAGAUAUUUUCAUCGUCUUGGAUAUUCUUUGCCAUUGACCAGUUAAACAUAAUGUCAAAAUGGAACAAAUUUAAAAUGAUUUAUGCUGGGAAUCUAGAAUCCCCAGAAAAGGUCACUGGAGCCCACAUUUAGUUAAGACUAAUUUUGCAUCUGUCUAAGGGCAUCAGGCUAAAGACCUUUUAAAAUGUUUUUACAUUUAUGUAUUUGACAGAAAUUAUGUGAUCAUUUUGUGUAAUUUAAGAUCUUUCUCUGUGUUCUUGUCUUAAUGUUGUACAUGCGCGCACGCGCACUCACACACACAUUCAUUGUAACUGCACAUCUACAAAAUAUUUAAUGCAUUGAGUUUUCUAACCUGUGAGAUUUUCUAUCCAAGCCGUGAAGUGUACAAUGAAGGUUUGUAAAUUAUAAAGAAUAUUUUAAACAUAUGCAUAUAUUUUUAACGGAUAUAAAACAACAAUCUGCUUUUUGUAGUAAUUUCAGACUGCCUAUGAAUAUUCAAAGUAUGCUUUUGUUUGUUUGUGUCUGUUAUCUAAUAUCUGUAUAUAAUUUUAUGUAUUAUUAAGUGUCAAUGACUUUGUGAGUUUUUUUGUUUGUUUGUUUUUUUUUCUGGUCUAGAUUGCGUGAAUCUUUUAAAUAGCAUUGAUUUUGCUUUAUUUAAUAAUCAGAACUGUCAUUUGUUUUGACUCUGAUUUCAUAAUGGACUCAUUUGUCUCAAAUGUGUUAGUGAAGUGCUUUUUAAAUUUUUUUUUAUUUUAAUGUCUGACGUGACCUAAUUGAGAUGGGAGAUGUUUUCCCACUGUAGCCAAUUGUACAUUAGAAACAUACACUCAUCGUACAGUCUUUGUCAGAACCACAUGCUUUUUUUAGACUAGUUCUACAUGGAGGAAGUGCCUAUUAAUAUUGUAAUGUAAACAGCGAUGAAGAAUUGAUUUUAAUUUAACAAAAAGAAAAUUGCAGCUGUUAUAUGAAGCCAUAAUUGUAUAUAAAGGUAUGAAUAUAUGAACUAAGAGUCUGUC